AUGGAACCCCAGAAGCUGCUGAUAAUUGGAUUUCUCUUGUUGGAGACAGUAGCUUCCUCUCCUUCGCCUUUGUCUGCCUUGGGAAUACAAGAAAAAACAGGAUCGAAACCACGCUCAGGGAGUAAUCACAGGUCCUGGCUGAACAACUUCAGGGAUUACUUACGGCAACUUAUCAAGAGUGCCUUAUCUCCAGCAGCCAUUGUUGCUUUUCUUCGCACCUCAGCACUGAUUGGGAUCCUCUGCUGCUUCACCAUUCUUGUAGUUGAUCCAGUCCAGUGAAGAACUAGAAGAUUCAAUAGGGCAAGUGUGGUCUCUCCGGUUGGACUCCAAAAGAGUGGGGCAUUUGCUAUCUGCUUAAAAUGAGGAAUUAUCUAUCAGUUAAAAUUAAAUUGUCUUCCAACUUAAA